ACGGAGAGCGCAGCAGCAGCCUCCUCCUCCUCCUCCUCCGCUUCUGUUUCAACCCUUUAAUCCAAACAGACGCGCUCCAGAUGCGCCUGGAGCGCAGUCCGCUGACCGGUCGCUCAGCUUGCUGACGAACUGGACGAACCCGAGCGCCAUGGACGCGAACGGAACCCUGAACUUCUCCAAGUUGCGCGCCCUGACGCAGCAACUUCUGGCCAACCACUCGGCGCCGUUCCACGCCAACGCUACCGCGCCUCAGGAGGACCUGGACGUGAACACGGACGUGUACUCCAAAGCGCUGGUCACCGUCAUCUACGUGCUGCUCUUCGCGGUGGGCUGCCUGGGCAACUCCAUCACGCUGUACACGCUGCUGACCAAGAAGUCGCUGCAGAACCUGCAGAGCACCGUGCACUACCACCUGGCCAGCCUGGCCGUGUCCGACCUGCUGAUCCUGGUGCUGAGCAUGCCCAUCGAGCUCUACAACUUCAUCUGGGUGCACCACCCGUGGGCGUUCGGCGAGGCCGUGUGCAAAGGCUACUACUUCCUGCGGGACGGCUGCUCGUACGCCACGGCCUUUAACAUCGCGAGCCUGAGCGUGGAGCGCUACAUGGCCAUCUGCCACCCGUUCAAGGCGAAGAGCGCCAUGUCGCGCAGCCGCACCAAGAAGCUGAUCAGCGGCAUGUGGGCAGCCGCCUUCCUGCUGGCCACUCCGAUGCUCUUCACCAUGGGCGAGCGCACAGUGGACGGAGAGCCUAUAUGCACCACCAUCGUGUCCACGGCAACGGCGAAGAGCGUUCUGCAGGUGAAUGCAUUUCUGUCCUUCAUUGCUCCCAUGGUGCUGAUUUCCGUGUUGAACGGUAUCAUCGCCAGUCAGCUACUGCGCAUGUUCAGAGAGGCCGCCCAGGACAACCGCAUCUGUGUAGUCGGGGGUAAUGCCACCAUGCUUAGCGUUGCCGUGGAGCCCAACCGCGCCCAGUCCCUGCGCCAUGGUGUUAUGGUGUUGCGCGCUGUGGUUAUUGCCUUUGUGGUCUGCUGGCUGCCCUAUCACGGCCGACGACUGAUGUACUGUUAUGUCACUGAUUGGACAGACACGCUCUACGACUUCUACCACUACUUCUACAUGGUCACUAAUGUGCUCUUCUAUGUCAGCUCAGCUGUAAACCCUGUCCUGUAUAACCUGGUCUCAGCCAACUACCGGCAGAUCUUCUUCUCCACACUCAGCUACUUCUGCCUACCGUGCCGGCGUAAGAAGCAAACGCGUAUGCUCACCAGGCACUCCAUCAGCAUCUGCAGCAACCAGACCUUCUCCACCAACAUCGUGAAAGAGACCGUCUACUGACCAGUAACAGCACUCAGACCGUCCAGUCCACUGCAGUGGAGCCAACAAGAACCUGUAUGAAAUGAGAGAAUGUGUCCAUGUGGGAUUCUCACUCCUCCUUACAGUGUCUGAAACCGGAAUUCUCCCUGUAGACAGGCAUUGCAGACUAGCUGUGAAAGACAAUGUGCAAGAGAAACGGCCACGAUGUAGCCUUGACCGUUUAGGUGAUCGUGUAAAUAGUGUACAUAACAUUUUGAAUGUACAUUCAGAUUUAUAUACAUCUUAACACAGCACAUGAAAUCACUACACAAAUGAAGAAAUUAUGAAAGGACAGUCAGUACGGUAUUAGAGUUAUAAACUGUGGCUGUUACACAAAGACAUCCAUGCAAAAGCUGCCGAUUUGCUGAAUUUAACAUAUUGCAGGCGGAAAAAUGUGCCCUGUGCAAAAGUUAUGGCACAUUUUACACUGCAUGUUAGCUUUUUUCCUCCAAAUAUGCUACAUAAAUAGACAUUGCGCACCAAAAUGUGCAGAAAAAUGCAUUUAAGUGUCUGAAAACGUGGUUAUUUUCACAAAAUCACCAGAACAUGUAACUGACCAAAGUGUCCUAACUCCUGGAUACAACUGUAUAUAAACACAUUUCAGCAUUUCAGGCAAAAGUCCUUUGUCACAGCUGCGCAUGACUGACAAAAAUAUAUAUGAUAUUAAAGACUUGAAGGACACAGGCGACCGUGAGAGACGUGAAAAGGAAACGAAAGCUACAGUUUAUGUGGAGUCACCGAGUCAUUCACUGCCUCACACUGGGAGACUGUGAGCACAUGGAAAUGGCCCAUUAGGAAUUCUUUCCCAACUGACAAAGCACAACAAGAGGGACACUCUAGGCAGACGCUGCUGCAUUGUGCGAUAAUCACUUUCCCGGCAACGCUUUGCGGCAUUGUUUCUUGCUAUGAUGUCGCCGUGGCAACGCUGCGAGGUUAACGCGGCAGCGUCUGGCUGCUGGAAGCGAGCGCAGAGGGAGGAAAGGCCAGCCGUGGGUUUGCACACAGCAGAUCUCUCGCUUCCAGUCACUUUCCUACAACAAAGUCUUGGGUGACUUUCUCUCUGCAGUGCCAGGGCAAUGAUGAGCGAGCGACACGUACUAACCCUGGGUGAGGGAGUUCCCACUCCUCACUGCUUUGCUGAAUGUGGCUGUCGUGAUGGAGAAAACAAAGGAAAAGAACAUUUAGGACAAUGAGGAUCACUCACAAAAGCUGCUCAUCAGUGAGAAACCCAGGCGUGGGCAAAGCUGUGAGGAACUCCAGCCUGAGGAACAGCAAGCUUUGAGAUAGAGAGUAAUCAGCAGAGCACAGAUGAUAAAAAGAAAUUACAGAGCUUGCUGAUUGAAUGAGGAGUCCCAAAUGAGGGUGGAGGGCUUUUAUGAUACAGAUAAUGCGCUUUUGAUCACUGUGCAAAGAAGAAUGCGUGGCUGUUGGAUGCAAAUGGAGAUGCACCCUCCAGAAAUAUGAUCUCCUGAAAAACUUGCCUGGAUUGGCCCCAUAUUCUCAAAUGAUCUCAUCCAGCAUUCCAUAGGCCUUGUGAUGAUUAAUGCCCCCCCACCCACCACCACCUGGCCUAUAACACAGCAGAGAACAAGAGGCUUUAGCUGACCCCAGCAGUGUAAAACAGGCCAUUAGGGUUCCCUCACAGCCUGCAGCGCACACUCGUAUCCAUCGGCGUGAAAUACAGGAUUAUUCCUCUAAUAGACGAGAGAGAUAUGCGCAGAGGGUAGUUAACACUGAAGGUGAGCGGAUGUGUAGCCUUGGGGGGGUUUCCAUUAGAGAAACAGUGUGUGCAGUGGUGCGGGUGAACUGAGAGGUGUGAUACGAGCUGAGAGAGUGCAGGGCAAGAGAAAGGAAGAACAAGAGGACCCAGGGUGGUAGCAGUGUUUUCAGUGCUGCCACGUUGCAGCUCAGUCAAACAGAAGUGAGUGGCUAGAUGGAGAAAGUGAAGUGAGAGGUUGUGCACGACUGCUGCCUGCUUUGUCUUCUCAGUGUGUGUCUGUGUCUGUACCGAACAAGGUGGCUGAAAAGGCUGAAAAGGCCAUUUUUUUUUAUAUCAAAGCUGCAUUUAAACAAGGUUCAAAUCACAAGAGCUGCAGAUUUAAUUAAGAUUAAGAUUAAGUGACCCUUGUUAGUCCCACAACGGGGAAAUUUCACCUCCGCAUUUAACCCAUCAGUGAAGUGAAACACCACAUAUGCAUUAAUUACAGGGGUGCAGCCUCCCAAUCGUGUUUCAGACCAGUCGGAGUUGAUCAAACGACACGACUCGGUGAAAUCUGGUGUAAACUGGUCAAUGACUCAAUCUGAACGGAUUCCUGCAACAACCAAUCAAAAUAAUGCAAGCAAAACGAAAAUACAGCAAGUAAACAAAGAAAAAUGUGCAAAGUCUCUCUGGCGUGGAGCGAAGCUUUUUAAUGAGCCGAGUUUAAGGCACAAUCAGGUUUAUGGCCGUUUAAAAGUAGAAAGGAAAAAGUAAAAUAUCAGUCUGAUCACAACUUUCAACGCUGCUUCUUUACUGUUUCAGAAAAACCAGCAGCAGCUGCUCCACGUGUGUUUAUUUGGGCGUCGCAGUCACGAGAGAAUAGUUUGUGAGAGUUCAGGGAGAGUUCUUACGAGUUCAAUGAGCUCCAUUCAGUUCAGCAGCAGCUGAAAAGUUGAGUGGUGUUUCAUCCCCAAUCGUUGAGUGUGUGACCCCCAAUAUUUCAGCUGCCCAAAACCAGUCUGAUAGUCUUUUAUAAUAAGUCAUGUAGUGAACCCAAGGCUUUAAAAUAGCCGAACAUCCAAACUACCAAACCCCCACAUGACAACACAGCCAUAACUAGCUGACCGCUGGAGAUGGCAGCCCUGUAAAUGAGACACAGCCAUAGACUGUUGAGAGAGAAAAGGCUUCAGCACACGUGAAACUGACCAAGGCAUACAGCCGCCAGUAAAGCUCUCUUCUAAUCUAAAGUUCUAAUUAAUAGCACUCAGAAAACAAACUCGAGCCCGACGCUGCUAUUUGUGGAAAAUUGGCCCAAAACAUGCUAUUUUAUCAGACCCUGUCAGACGGGGGUCCAGUGACAUUGCUCUAUCGUUUGUCUGUCAAUCUCUGUAAUUAAUGCGUGCACACACACACACACACACACACACACACACACAUACAU